GCAAAACAUAACCUUAAAUGUCAAUGUUUUGCUUUUGAUUGUUAAAAAUCGGUAAAAAUAAACAGGUGUUUAGAAAAUAAUAAUUUAUAUGUUUAUUGUAUUGCAUAAAUUAUUAUAUUUAUUUUUCAUACUCUACUAAUUGAUGAAAAUUUAUAAAACAACAAAUAGCAGUGAUAUUUAUAAGUGAACUAUUUAUUGAUAAAGAGAAAGAACUGGAAAAUGGAAGAGAAGAAUUUGUUGAAAGAAAUUAAAUCUCUAAAGAAUAUUUUAAGAGAAAAGGAAACUCAACUCGCUGAUAUUAGACGCAAAAAGGAAAUUUUACAAAAUAAUGGACUAAAUAAUGAAGAAAUUUCCAGGUACAGUAGACAAAUUCUUCUACCAGAAAUUGGAGUAAAAGGCCAAGCACUUUUGAAAAAUGCCUCGAUUUUAAUUGUUGGAGCUGGAGGUCUUGGUUGUCCGGCUGCAUUGUAUUUAGCGAGUGCAGGAGUUGGACACAUUGGAAUAAUAGAUUAUGAUGAAAUUGAAAUCAGUAAUCUUCAUCGACAAGUUUUAUUCUCCUUUUCAGAUGUCGGUUUACCAAAAGUCGAGUCAGUUAAAACUGUCCUCAACAGACAUAACAGUAAUGUAAAAGUAACGCCUUACAAGAUUCAAAUUACAAGCGAGAAUGCUUUGGAAAUUAUUGAAAACUACAAUGUGAUAUUGGAUGCAACUGAUAACGUUGCAACCAGAUAUUUAUUAAACGACGCGUGUGUUAUAAGCAAAAAGCCAUUAAUAUCAGGAUCUGCGUUAAAAUUUGAAGGACAACUUACAGUCUAUAAUUACAAUGGACCUUGUUAUAGAUGCAUUUUUCCGAAACCUCCACCCCCUGAAUCUGUGACAAAUUGUAGCGAUGGAGGAAUUAUCGGUCCAGUCGUUGGCGUAAUUGGAGUGUUACAAGCUCAGGAGGCUAUAAAAAUAAUUUUAAAUCUACCAGGAGUUAUUUCUGGUCGUCUUCUGUUGUACGAUGGAACGGAGACAACAUUCCGAAACGUUCGAUUACGUCAAAAGAAUCCCAAUUGUAAUUAUUGCAGUGAAACUGCUGAAAAAUGUGAAUUAAUUGAUUACGAGGAAUUUUGCGGUGCAAAGGCAGUGGAUAAAAAUCCAAAUUUAAAAGUUUUGAAGAAAAACGAAAGAAUUACUGUUGAAGAAUAUCGAGAGAUAUCGUCUUCCAAGUCUCAUAUUUUAAUUGACGUUCGAUCGGCCGAGGAAUUUGAAAUUUGUCGAUUAGAAAAAUCGAUUAAUAUACCAAUUAACGUUAUUGACAAAGAAAAGAGUUUAAAUAUUAUUCAAAAUGAAAUUGAUAAAACUGAUUCUAAUACUUUGGGAGUUUUCAUUUUAUGCAGACGAGGAAAUGAUUCACAAAAGGCGGUUAAAAUUUUACAAAAUAAACUUCCGGAUUGUAAAUUAAAAAUCAAGGAUAUUAUUGGAGGUCUGCAUGCAUGGACAACGGAAAUUGAUCAACGUUUUCCUAUUUAUUAGGUUUUUUGAAUAUUAAAAAAGAAAACCUUUUUUAAACUCGGUGUAUAUAUUAUAAAAUAAAUGUUUCCCAUGUAUAUAU